GAAUCACGUCGCGAAAUGGAGGACUGGCUGCAGGCCCUGAAGGCUGCUUCGGCGCGGGAAUUCUUUGAACCGGGACCACCGGAUCAGCACGACUUCCUGUCCGGGCAUCAUCACUGGUACGCGACAUCACACGCCCGACCAACGUACUGCAACGUGUGCCGCGAAGCUCUGUCCGGUGUCACGUCCCACGGGUUAUCCUGCGAGGUGUGCAAAUGUAAGGUACACAAGCGAUGCGCCGCCAAGGCGAUUUCGAACUGCAAAUGGACCACACUGGCCAGCGUCGGCAAGGACAUCAUCGAAGACAUCGACGGGACCAUCGUAAUGCCGCACCAGUGGAUGGAAGGCAACCUGCCGGUGUCCUCCAAGUGUCUGGUGUGCGAUAAGACGUGUGGUUCGGUUUUGCGGCUUCAGGAUUGGCGUUGUCUCUGGUGCCGUUCGACUGUGCAUACGGCCUGCCGGCCACAGGCUCCCAACUCGUGUCCUCUGGGUCCGGCCCGUGUCUCCAUGGUUCCACCGACCUCGCUGCAUUCGAUCGGCCUCGACGAGGCCUGGGAUGUGUGCAAGCCGCACGGCAGCUUCUCACCGCUGCUCGUGUUCGUCAACUCGAAGUCCGGCGACAACCAGGGCGUUAAGUUUCUGCGCCGCUUCAAGCAACUCCUGAACCCGGCCCAAGUGUUUGAUCUCAUCUCGAGCGGGCCUGGCCUCGGGCUGCGUCUGUUUCGCCAUUUUGAUCCCUUCCGCAUACUGAUCUGCUCGGGCGAUGGCUCGGUCGGUUGGGUUCUCAGCGAGAUAGACCACCUCAACAUGCAGAAACAAUGCCAGAUAGCGGUGCUUCCGCUCGGGACAGGGAACGACCUGGCGCGGGUCCUUGGCUGGGGUAGCUCCUGUGACGAUGACGCCCACCUUCCGCAGCUGCUGGAGCGCUACGAGAAGGCCAGCACCAAAAUGCUCGACAGGUGGAGCGUGAUGGUGUUCGAGCGGGACAUUGGCAUCGCGGCGUCGGCCCGCACCCCCAAGAUGUCCAUCUCGCACUAUCCGGAUCCGCUGCUGUCACAGUACGAGGACAGCGCGCUCUGGCAUCUGCAGUCAAUUGUCUACAACGAAGACACCCAGAUGAUGAUACAGUCGACGAGAAUCCUGUGCGAAACGGUCAAUGACUUUAUUGCUAGAGUAAGAGAAACCAGCUCCGACGAAGAGCAAUUAAGCGUCAAAUGUGAUAUUUUAAGACAAAAGUUAGGAAUGUUAUUAGAUACCCUGAAGGAGGAGGAAGCUGGUCUUCACGGUGACGACGAGCUAUUUAGAACCCUGAAAGAAAUUGCUCAAAAAAGUGCCUCAGAAAGACCAAUAGAUACAAAAACGAUAGAGAAAAACGAAAAGGACAAGCUGAACUCCAAGGAGCGCAUCAGUAGAAUAGACCGCCGUUCGGAGAAGGAAGCACUUUUAUGCCGGGCCAACAGCCUCAAGCGAGCAAUACACGAGGUCGUGGAGCUGAACGAGAAAGUCACACCGUACGCGCCCCAGAAGCGUCUGUCCGUGCCGAUGAACACGCUGCGAGCCACCGUUUCAUCCACGGACACCUCGGCCAACACCUCACCGGCGACUGGUGGCAUGAUAUCGCCCUCGGUGUCAACCUCCCGGUUGACUUGCAUCUCACCGUUGCCGGAUCUACGGCGUGACUCGAUGGAUGAGCACUUCUUCAGCACGCUUAACCUGCCCGUACCGAAGCAAUUCGCCGAUGGUGGCAGCCGUCGAAGCUCGGGCGUUCCAGAGACCUAUCGCAUCUCGAGCAUCGAAGAGCUGGAGGAGAACAGCAUCCACACGGACCCGAAGGUGGGCCCAGUGGGGCUCAUUCUGGAGCCACCGCUCGAGGGUGAAUCCGAGAUGACGACCGACAAUCAGGCGCGUGAUGCGGACGACACGUUGAACCAGAAGUCCACCACGACCACGACGUCUGACUCGCAAUCGACGACGGCACCGUACGACUUCUCGUUCGAGUCCGACACCAAGACGGUGAAGUUCGAUCUCGAUCCGAACAGCGCCUUCGAGCGGUUGGGUUUUAAGCCGUUCAAGAAGACGAUCGAACAACACCAGCAGUUGGUUGGGGCUCAUCACCGGCCCGAUAGUGGCUAUCUGCAGUUUCAACCGAUCGAGGUGUACGAGCGCAAUUACUACCGAACUCACGGGCAGCGAUUGGGGGUGGUUAAGGGUGGGGGGUUGGGUGGCGAGGUGGCCACCUCGUCGAAGGUGGCCAACUCCUGCAACAUGCUGCAGGUGCCGACGAUCUGCAUCCCGAGCCUCGAGAAACCGCCGGAAAAUAUGUACUUCAGCGAGAAUAUUACUCUCAUCGAUACGGACAUGCCGGAACGGUCGUCCUCGGAUGAAGUACCCGGCGAUGGUAGUGAUAUCCUUUCAGCAAUAAGCAACGAAGAGUGCAGCGUCACGUCGGAGAUCCUGGACAGACAAUCGGACAACAACUCGCAGGUGCACGUGGGCGACAUCAUACAGGAUCUAGACAACGAUCGGUUCAGCCAUAUUGAUUCACCGGAAACGAGCGACACAACGGAAGCGCUGCAUGGUGAGAGCCUGAUGGAUGACAUCAGCUCGGUGUUGGGGCAGGAUCUGCUCGGUGCACUGCAGGACAAUACGAUCACGGAGGACACGACCACGCUCUGCACGCUUGACCACACCAAGCGCAGAAGCUUCAAGGGUAAGCACCAGCAACAGCAGCACCAGCGCAAGGAGAGCGUCGAGCUGGACCAGUGUGGUUUUGAGAACCGCGUCUUCGACAUCGACAACCGGUGUGACGAUCAGAAGGUGAAGGAACCGCGCUUCUGCAGCCUGGCCAAGUUCGUCGAGGGUAAUGACAUCGCGCGAAAGAGCUUUAAGCGGCCGCAUCGCAGAAGCAUCCCGAGGACGAUCGGCACAGGGUACGUCAGCAGGCUGUCGGUGGGUGAGAAUGAGUACGAAAACAUCAAGACGUUCGCGCGGAACCUGCUGCCGGUGCACGGAUCACCGUCGGACGUGUCGGUGUCGGAAACGGAAACGGUGCGCUCGUCCGGGUUCGAGUACCGGAAGCUCGUGUCGACCGUGAACGCCGAGGACGAAGAGGACAGUCUGCCGGACGAUGAUCUUGGCGAGCGAUCGUCCAGCGAGAAUGCUGGUGGGCAGCACAGUGCGGGCGAUGAGGAAAAGGACGAAGAAGAGGAGGAUGAAGAGGAAGAGAAGGAAGAGGAAGAAGAGGAAGAAGAAGAAGAGGAGGAGGAGGAGGAUGAAGACGGUGAUGGUGACGAGGAGGAUGAGGAUGAGAACGAAAAGGACGAUCGUAGUGAGAAAAGCUUCCGAAUGCCGUGCAUUCCGACGAUCAAUGUGGUCGUGGAACCGCCAUCACCGGCGAUCAGCGAUGAGUUGCGAUCGCUGCGUGUGCCAGAGUAUCGGCGACAUUCCGAGCACACACCGAACCUGUUGGCACCGCGCGAAGUCGACAUUAACCGGCGACACUCGAACAACAACCCGAACCUGCUUGGGUUCGAUUCGGAGCACAUCCGGUUCCUGAACUGCUCACCGGCCGCCUCCAGGCGGAUCAGCAGCGGUAGCCUGCUGUUCAAGCCCGAAGGCUUGGGCAGCUCGAAGAGCAACAUCUUCAGCUCGAACCUGCGGUUGUUCAACAUGGACAAGGACGGUGACGCGCGUGAGGACAGGAAGAAGGACGAGAAGGAGGAGCGCGUCAAGAAGCUGCCCAUCAUCAACCCGCUGGUGCGGUUGCCUUCCUGGCCAAAUGUCAGCACUGGCACAGGAUUCAUCUCAAAGUGUCUGCUGGCAAACGCGGACACACUGUGUGCCGCCGUUAGUCCACUGAUGGACCCGGACGAGACACUGCUGGAGGGUUACUUCGAGAAGGCGGUGAUGAACAACUACUUCGGUAUCGGUAUCGAUGCGAAGAUCUCGCUCGACUUCCACAACAAGCGCGAGGAACAUCCGGAGAAGUGUAGGUCGCGAGCGAAGAACUACAUGUGGUACGGUGUGCUUGGUUCGAAGCAGUGGCUCCAGAAGACGUACAAAAACCUCGAGCAGAAGGUGCAGCUCGAGUGCGAUGGCCAGCGCAUCCCGUUGCCAUCGUUGCAGGGCAUCGUGGUGUUGAACAUCCCCAGCUUCAUGGGUGGUACUAACUUCUGGGGGAAUAAGAAGGAGGACGACUGCUUCCUGGCGCAAAGCUUCGAUGAUCGCAUCCUCGAGGUGGUGGCCGUGUUUGGUUCCGUGCAGAUGGCGGCUUCGCGGCUCAUCAACCUGCAGCACCAUCGCAUCGCGCAGUGCCAGAGCGUACAGAUUAACAUCCUUGGUGAGGAGUGCGUCCCCAUACAGGUGGAUGGGGAGGCUUGGUUACAGCCACCGGGCAUGAUACGCAUCAUACACAAGAACCGCGUCCAGAUGCUGUGCCGUAACCGAGGUCUCGAGGUGUCACUGAAGAGCUGGCAGGAAAAGCAACGCCAACACAGCAUCAGUAUCGCGCGGGAGCAACCCUCAAACGCGUCCGAACAUCAUGUAGCACCCUCGGAGGACAUGUUCUCGGAGCGCGAAACGUACCUGCUGCUGAACUUCAUCGAGUGCGUCAGCACGCUGGUGAAGUGGGUGAAGUUCCUCAUCAUAUCGCACCCAUCGCUACAACCAAACCUGUACGUUGUCGCCUCGAAGACUGCGGACGCGCUCGAAUCGAUCCACCCCGGGGGUAAAAUCAUCGAAGGACCACAUCUUCGCCGUCAGCUGACACAACUGGUGCGCUGUUCCCGCCAGCUGUACGAGGACACGUGCGAGUUGUUGCGUGAACGUGGCCACAGCCUCAUCCUCCGGGAAGACCUGGAGACGAAGCUGAGCGUCUCGCUGGCGAACAUGGAGAUGGAGCUGGGCAAGUGUUCGCUUCAGCAAACCUCGGAGACGGGCGAAACGAAGGUCUUCCUGAACGUGCUGGCACCGAACGAGGAGAUCGACCACCGCAAGAAGCAGAAACCGUUCUGGUUGCGGUUCCGACCGGGUCACAGUUCGCACCACGGUACCGCGGCGACUGGGGCCGUCUCGAAGGGUGCCACUGCAACGCGCGAGACGGUCAGCAACUGGGGUGUUGGUGAGGUCGUCACAUGGCUGGAAGCCAUGCAGCUGGCCGAGUACGUGGACAGCUUCAUCAAGAAUGACAUCCGCGGGAAGGAACUGCUGACGUUGGCGCGUCGCGAUCUCAAGGAUCUGGGCGUGACGAAGGUCGGACACGUGAAGCGCAUCCUGCAGGCGAUCAAGGACCUCGGAACGGGCUAA